CCACCUGUCAGUCAAAGUCGUCUCAGUGGCGCAGGCGCCCGUGCGUUUGCUCAAACAAGCGGUUUGAACUCUGAUGCGAAGUUUACUCCGUCUUCUGGUUUCAAUCUCGUCAAAACCCUUUCUGCCUUUGCGGAUUAGCAAACGCUCAAUCUCAGUAUUGGACAUGGAGAACACAUCAUCUUCUCUUCUAAUUUUAUGCGGAAAAUCACCUGUGGAGAUUGAGGUUGCUCAUUCUUUGAAGAACAAUCAGAAUUUGAAGCUUCCCGAUAACACUGACCUUCUGCUUCGUCUGCAAACGGAGAUUGAUGAACCCUCUGAAGAAGAUUCGUUUCGGAUGAAAUACUACAUGAGUUCCCUUUCUACUGAUUGUUUCGGUAGACUUCUUAUUUGGUCUCCGCGGUUGACCUCGACGCAUGACGUUGUUUCUCACAAUUUUUGCGAGCUUCCUCUUGGUACUGUCUGUGUUGCUGAUGUUCAGUUCAAAGGGAGAGGUCGUUCGAAGAAUUUGUGGGAGUCUCCGAAGGGUUGUCUUAUGUUUUCAUAUACCUUACAGAUGGAAGAUGGGCGUGUGGUGCCUCUUUUACAAUAUGUGGUGACUCUUGCAAUGGCGGAGGCGAUUAAUGCCAUUUGUGACGCAAAUGGUUUGCCACAUCUUGGUGUGAGAAUAAAGUGGCCCAAUGACUUGUACUUAAAUGGCAUGAAAGUUGGAGGCGUCCUAUGCACCUCAACAUAUAAAUCAAAGAAGUUCAAUGUCAGUGUUGGAAUGGGUUUAAAUGUGGAUAAUGAGAAGCCAACCAUCUGUUUGAAUGCAGCACUUAGAGAACUAAGCUCUGAUGCUUACCAACUGAGGAAGGAGGAUAUUCUUGUGGAAUUUUUCAAGAAAUUUGAGAAUCUGUAUGGUAUCUUCUUGAAUGAAGGAUUUCAAGCUCUUGAGGAACUGUACUGUAAGACAUGGUUACAUAGGUAGGAAGCAACUCCUUUUAUUGCCUUUUUUUUUUUAAUCUGCAGACUUCAGUGCCUCUUAUUC